AUGGCUUUACUUACUUUUCUAACAAUUGCAAUGGCGUCGAGCGCCGUAUCUGCCCAGGCCCCUUCUUCUGGUAAUGCAACUCAUGGCAGUCCUCAGUAUCAGAAUUCAGCUACACAGGAAUACCUCGAUCAUCUCAACAAGACCCUCGCAUGGAACUAUCUUUGGGCUUUGCUAGGGGUGAUUGCUUUGAUCUUUGUUUACACGACUCUUCUACGCCUCAAUGCUCACGUGCGGCACCUGGCAUCCAUGAGCAACCAAGGCGCGCAUCGAUAUUUUUCCAAAUGUUCACCGACCGUCUCUCUCAUCAAGAACAACAUUCUCUACGCACCUCUCCUCCAUUACCGCCGAGCCCGCGAGCUCAAGUUCUCCCAACACGUCACCUUCGGAACAGUACCUACGCGCUUUCAAGCCAUCUUCAUCUUGCUAAUCAUUAUCACCAAUGUCUUCGCCUCGACAUGGAACAUCCCCUGGUCCGAUCCCCAGUUGGAAGUUCUACCUAUCCUCCGCAACCGAACCGGGACUCUGUCAGUGGUCAACCUCAUUCCGAUCAUUGUCCUGUCUACCAUCAAGAAUCCAUUGAUAUGGCUGUUGGAUAUUUCUUAUGAUACAUUUAACAUGAUGCACCGCUGGCUCGGACGUCUAUCCAUCCUACAAGCCGUCGCCCACAUGAUAUGCUAUCUCGUCGCCAAGGUCCAGCAGAAGGGUUGGGCGGGUGUGAAGGCAUCGAUGCAGGCUCCUUUCAUCUACAGUGGAUUGAUCGCUGGGAUCGCCUUCACGGUGAUCCUCCUUCAGAGCCCCAAAGUCUUUAGGGCCCUGUCAUAUGAGUUCUUCCACCACUUUCACAUUGUCCUCGUCAUCCUAAUGACAAUCUUCCUCUGGAAGCAUCUCGAAGGACUUCCGCAAAGAGGCCUAUUACUCGGCUUCAUCAUUUUCUGGGCAGCCUUCAGAACUUGGAGAUUUGCCACCUUAUUGUUCAGAAGCUUUGGGACAACCGUCUGCAAGGUCAAGGUUGAGCUUCUGCCUAGUGGGGCGGUCAAGCUCAACAUCUCCAGCCCACGCCCCUGGAAAUACCGCCCCGGCCAGUCUCUAUACCUGACGAUUCCAUCGGUUGGUCUAUGGACAGCACAUCCAUUUUCCGUUGCUUGGUCUGGUGUCGACCAGCCUCUCUCACGGAGCGACUCAGUCAAGACUUUCAAAGAGAAAGCACCCAUUGUGGCCAGCAGAGUUGUGGAAAUCGAAACCCAAGGAGAGCAGACCAUGUCUCUCAUUGUCAAGAAGCAUCGCGGCCUAACUCGAAAGCUCUGGGAGCGUGUAGAGAAGGCUCAUACUCCUCUGACGCUGAAUGCGUACAUCGAAGGGCCAUAUGGUACUGAAAAGAGUCUAUCGAGCUAUGGGACGGUCAUGUUGUUUGCAAGUGGCGUGGGCAUUACACAUCAACUUCCUUAUGUCAAGGCACUCGUCGAAGGGUUUAGCCAGGGCACAGUUGCCGCCAAGCGGAUGACGCUGGUCUGGGUCAUUCCUACCACCGAAUGUCUAGACUGGGUCCGGCCUUGGGUGCAUGAGGUCUUAGGCAUGGAAGGAAGAAGAGAACUUUUGAGAAUCCUGCUAUACGUCACGCGAGCUGGCCUGAGUCAGUCAAUCAGAAGCCCCAGUGAAAUGGUCCGCAUGUCACGCGGAAGACCCGAUGUACAGUCGUUGAUGUGGAAUGAAGUGGAGCAGAAGAUCGGAUGUCUCGGUGUCAGUGUCUGUGCAGGCGGCGGCCUGGCUGAUGAAGUGAGACGGGUCUCACGCUUGAUGCUGGACAGAGGAGCGAAUCUAGAUUUGGUCGAAGAGGGAUUCGGAUGGUGA